AUGAUUGACGCCAGCAGCGAAGUGGCGCCGCCGUCUUCCCCGGGCAGCCGAGCCUCGUGCCUGCGGACGCUGCGCCGCGUCGCCGACCAGCACCACAGGCAGAGGGCCAGGCCGCCGCCCGUCGCCGUCUCCCUCGUCAUGCACGAGCGCGCGCGCUGCCUCAAGGGUGAGCAGCUGCCAGCGGAGAACGGGGGUACCGUCUGCAGCGUGCUGGGAGGUCGGGCGUCGGCCGAGAACAGCGAGCAUUGCCACGACCAGGAGCACGACCAGGAGCACGCUCACGCUCACGACCACGACCACGACAGCGGCGAGGCGGCGCCGGGACACGCCCUGCGUCGCCAGGCCAUCCGCUCCAACUACGCACGCAAGAGCAUCGAGGCCAAGCGCAAGGUGAUCCGCAUGCUCUUCGUGGUGGUGGCAGAGUUCUUCGUGUGCUGGACACCACUGCAUGUACUCAACACAUGGUAUCUGUUCAAUCCGGAUGCAGUGUAUGCCUAUGUGGGCCGCACAGGCAUUUCACUGGUGCAGCUGGUGGCAUAUGUGAGCUGCUGCUGCCAUCCCAUCACAUACUGCUUCAUGAACCGACGUUUCCGCGCAGCCUUCCUUGGUGCUUUUCGCUGUCCCCGCCGCAGGUGA